AAACGACACACUUUCCUUACAGGUCAAAAAAUAGGUAAAAUUUAACCUCAAUUUUGAUGUAUCGUAACGAACGACUAUUUUGGACCUUCUAUCAAAAAAAAGGAAUAAUUUCUAACAACAGACGAUCAUUUUUUUUUUCUUUCGAUAAAGAACAUCACUGAUCAACCAUGCUUAGACUUGCAAUAAUCUGCAUUCUAAAUUUGCUAGUCAAUGGCAACAUUUACAUGGGCGAAGAAAUGCGUUUAAUGGAUUUAAAUGCUUCACUUUUCAACGCGGAAAAUUAUAUGAACAAUCAAAUUAUAAAUGAAAAUUCGGCAAUUUUCUUUGGCAAUCCAAGAGCUGGAAGAAGUACACUAAUUAAUUAUUUAAUGGGCAAUCGAUUGAAAGGUGUAAGACUUUCACAUUAUUCUCCAAUAGAAUUGAUAAAAGCAGAAAAUACAUCCAUAGGACCGGAAAUUGGUAUUGGAUCACUGUCAACAACUAAAAUCCCUAGUAAGUGGACAUCGCAGAAAUUACCAAAUUUGACUCUCUGGGAUAUACCUGGGUUUAAAGAUAAUCGAGGACCAGUGCAAGACAUCACGAACUCUUUUUAUUUCUACCAGUUGGUGAAAAAAGUUAAAUCUCUAAAAAUAGUUUUAGUUGUCGACAUUCACGACAUUGAACAAGAUAAUAUUAACGACUUUUCUUCACUUUUAAAUUCAAUUGAAAAUCUUUUCGGGAAUAAUUUUAAAAACUAUUUCGAAAGUACAUCAGUAGUUUUUACAAAGGUACGUCAAUUAGCUAGUAAUGGUGAAUUAAUUGAUAAAGAAUACGUAGAUUAUCAUUUGGCAAAUUAUUUAUUACUUGACAGUGGACUUAGAGAGUCUGAGGUUAUGAAAAAUUUUACAACAUUCAUUUUAUAUAAUAAUGACCGUAUUGCCCUAUUUAUGAGAAAUUCAAAACUAGGUAUUGUUAAUAAUGAUCUCGGUGUUGAUAUUUUUUCGACACUCAAUAACUCUAAAUUUAUAGAAAGCAGUUUCCUUCAGGGUGUACGUCCUAGUAUUUCAGCUUCUUCUAUGCUUCAACUGUUUAAAUCAGAAGAGCUAAUAGAGUUAGAUCUUAUGGUUCUGCAGUUAGAAAGAAUGCUGAAGUCACUAAUAAAUAUGGAAAUGAAAAAUUUAGAUACUGCCGUCGAUACAAUUAAAAUAAACUGUACCAAAUAUAAAUUAUUAGAAAUGCAACAAAUGCUUUUAAAAACUUUUUCUAAUGAUAAUAAUUUACCCCAAAUGGCUCAAAUACUAUCUUCAAUGGCUGACGACACAUUCGACAAGCAAAAAUUCCAUAAAAAUAUUAGACUACUACAAUCUGUUGAAAAUAUGUUAAAUAUAACAAUAAGUAAACCACUGAAGUUCACUAUUGAUUCUGUAAUAUUCUCCGCAAGUUUGAAAUUAAAAACAGCGAUUUCCUUCGCUGAUGUAAAAUUGGGCGAUAUAACUGAGAAGGAACACCUUGAAACUUUGAAAAAACAUGAAGAUGUAAAUAAAACACUACAAAUGACAAAUGAUGAUAUAAAUAUGUUAAAGGAGUCUGAUCUAAGUUGGUGGGAUACAGUUGUAGAAAAAAUUGUAUCUGCUUUUAAUAACUUAAAAAAUGCAAUAUUAUCUUUUUUCAAUAAUUAAUUACUUAUUUUUGUGUAAGUCAAAUAGUUGGGUUUGACCACUUUGUUUGACAUUAUGAUUAAAUUACGGAUACACUAUGUAAUGUUAAAGGAAAAUAAUUGUUUUUGCUCUAAAUACUGUUACAUCCCGGUAGCAAAAA